AUUUUCAUGGUACAUUCAGUCUGGAAAAAAGUUCGUGACAUUAAACGAAUCUUGUUUAAUUAAAAGCGUGUAAUAUACGGUAUUCUUCUGUAAUAUCAAAUCGACAAUUGGUCUGUGUAAACAAAUGCUUUUUCCUGUGCGUAUUUCAUCAAAAUUCCUCAAUACCCACGAGUCCAUACAUCGUCCAAUCACACUCCGCCAAAUCAAAACUUCACCCCCCCGAUCUCCACCCUUUUCUGAAGACGAGAUGCUGCCUGCAUAAUUGGUACCAUAAAAAUAAAUAUUAGUUUGCUAGUCUACUUUUAGAAAUGAACUAUGACGCGUAAAGAUAACCUACUCAACCCUACACGGAGUUUAUUUCCGUUAGUUUGUAUAGUUUUAAUAUUAUCCACAUGUUGUAGUGACUUUCCGUGUUGUCAAGCUAGUGAAGUCGGUCCUGAAAAAUGUCUUGUUUGGGGUCCAGGGCUCGACCCAAAAGUCGUUUUGCCCGUCCGAUAUUUCAUCAUCCAGGCUGUCAACUCAGCUGGGAAAAACUUCACCCUCUCUCCAGGCAAAGACUCAUUCAGAGUGAAGAUUGUCUCACUCUCACAGAAGGAGCAUGUCCGCAUCCACGUCCCCCUCCCCCUGGACAGAGGAGAUGGUUCUUUUCUGAUGAGGUACCGUCUGUAUGGCAGUAUCCUCAAGGGACUGAAGGUCGAAGUACUCUACAGAGACAGUCACGUUGCCAAGUCACCUUACACCCUACAAGGCCCAGUCUAUCAUGAGUACUGCGACUGCCCAGAGCAUGAUGUUCCCACCUGGCAGAGCAUUAUGCAGUGUCCUGCUGAGGAACCCCAGAUCCAGAGGGACUUCAAUGCCUUCCCCUCCAUUGAUCUGCAGCGCCUCCUACAGGAAGUUCCCCAGCGGUUCUCCAACAGAGGAGGUCUCAUUCACUAUGCUGUCAUCAACAACCAGGUGUACCGUCGCUCGCUGGGAAAAUACACUGACUUCAAGAUGUUCUCUGAUGAGAUGUUACUAUCCCUAGCCAGGAAGGUGAGGCUGCCUGAUGUGGAAUUUUACAUCAAUGUGGGAGACUGGCCAAUGGAAACAAGGAAAGCAGAUGACGAUCCUGGGCCUGUUCCAAUCAUCUCCUGGUGUGGCUCCACAGACACCCGAGACAUCAUUCUGCCCACUUACGACAUCACUCACUCAACCCUGGAGACCAUGAGGGGCGUUUCCAAUGACCUACUGUCAGUCCAAGGCAACACAGGUCCCCCUUGGGCCAACAAAACGGAACAGGCCUUCUUCCGUGGCCGGGACAGUCGUGAAGAGCGCCUACACCUCGUCACUCUGUCCAAGAAAAACCCAGAGCUGCUAGACGCCGGGAUCACUGGCUGGUUCUUUUUCAGGGAAAGGGAGAAGGAUCUGGGGAAAGCAAAUCUUGUUGGAUUCUUUGACUUCUUCAAGUAUAAGUAUCAGGUGAAUGUGGAUGGUACAGUGGCAGCUUACAGGUUCCCUUACCUGAUGCUGGGGAACAGUUUGGUGCUGAAGCAGAUCUCACCAUAUUAUGAGCAUUUCUACACCCAUCUGAAGCCAGGCACCCACUACAUCCAUGUGAAGAGGAGUCUCUCUGACCUCAUACAAAAGAUUGAGUGGGCUAAGGAGAAUGAUGCUGAAGCACAGGCAAUCGCUAAAGCAGGCCAGGCAAUUGUAAGAGAGCUGGUACAACCGAACAGACUGUACUGUUACUAUUUUAGUGUGCUACAGAUGUACUCUGAGCGUCAGACAAGCCGGCCGACACAACAUCCAGAUAUGGAGCUGGUGCCCCAGCCUUCAGACCAGAGUGCCCUUUGUAGCUGUCAGCGAGAGCCUCAAAUAGAUGAUCCCAGCCGGAAUAAGGAUGAACUCUGAUCAAAACACUUUGAAAGGAAAGAGGAGAGACCCUAGCUAUUUCAAUACAGAAAGUGCUUAUUAAAGGAAGAAUUACCUCUGAGAUCAGGACUGCUAGCUAAGUGGAUGUACCAACAUUCAUAUAGAGAAAUAUUCCAUUUGGUUUGAGCCAGAGGGACCAUGUCACAGCUCACUUUGCCUGGAUUAUGACUGCUUUAUUGACAAGACCAUUAUGCAAACAUCAAUUUCCACUGUUUUCACUGUCCUGUGUGAUAUUUUGUACUGCAUUUUGUAAUUGUAUGAUGGUCAUCAUGAUUGCAUUUUUAUAAAAAUUGAUAUUUUUUACAUUUUC